CUCUCUGCUGUUGCUGCCGACUCAAAGCUCACAGACUCGCUCGGCGCCUCAAACCGCCAUUUUGGAGUCAGAGAACCGAGAGUCGGCAGCAACGAAGAGAGAGGCGAAAAGGGGGACACGGGGUCGAGGGUUUUAACCUUUGUAUGAAUGUUAAUCUUGGAAGAAAGAACAAUGACAUCCCUUACUGAGAAGUAAAAGUUGCUGCUCUGCCGGGCAGAGCUCUCUGUGCUGCAUGGCGUCAGGGCAGGGUGGCCGGCUGGAGGUUGGACCAUCGGAGAGGUCUGGCCUGGCCAAACCUCUCUACCUGCAGCGUUUGGAAAGAUCCCUGAGGUUGGACAGUUUCCUGCGCCAGACUGCCACCGUCUUCAACAGAGAUAUAACCAGUGAUGACAGUGAUGAUAGUGAUGAAAGUGAUGGUGCACUGGGGUCAGGGCUUUCCCUGGAUCCCUCCACUCAGCAUACAGCGCUGACAGUGAAGACUGAGCCAUGUGAGGAAAGGGAUGGGUUGGCAGAAGGAAAGCCUCUCAAUGGAAUCCUGCUUCAAGACCAAAAGGCAGACAAAACUAGUUUUUACAAUUUUUCCAAGCUGAAGAAAAACAGAAAAUGGCUGAAGAAUAUACUGCUGAUUGAUGACACCACAGAUUCAGACACAGACUCAGAUGACUCUGACUUCUGUUUAUCUCGGGAGGAGCUGCAUGAUAUGCUGAGGCUGCAUCGCUUCACCAGGCAGCAUCAGAGCAAGUUUCACUCUGACAGAGAGCUUCACCAAUAUCAGUAUUACAGCACUGGCCUCCUCUCCACUCAUGACCUCUUUUAUGAGCAACAACGCCACCUACUGGGGCCAAAGAAGAAGAAGAUAAAAGAUGAGAAGAAAUUUAAGGCGAAAUUAAAAAAGGUGAAGAAAAAGAAGAAACGAGGAGAGGGAGAAUUUCUGGAUGAAGGGCGUCCUUAUGUGACAAAGAUCUUUGCAAAGUUCUCCCAUGAUGCUCCUCUGCCUGUUGUGAAGAAGAAACAUCUAACCAUUGAGCAGCUGAAUGCACGGAGACGUAAAGUCUGGCUAACAAUCGCUAAAAAGGAGAUCCCCAAGACUUUCAAGCAGAAGACCUCUGCAAAGAAUUUGGUAUUAACCAAUGCUAAAAAGUUGGCCCAUCAGUGCAUGAGAGAGGUUCGACGUGCAGCCAUCCAAGCCCAGAAGAACUGCAAGGAGACAUUACCCCGUGCUCGCCGCCUUACCAAGGAGAUGAUGCUUUACUGGAAGAAGUAUGACAAAGUGGAGAAGGAGCACAGGAAGAGGGCAGAGAAGGAGGCGCUGGAGCAACGCAAACUAGAUGAGGAGAUGAGAGAGGCCAAGCGUCAGCAGCGUAAACUGAAUUUCCUCAUCACUCAGACAGAGCUGUAUGCUCAUUUCAUGAGUGGGAAAGCCAGCAUGGGGGGUCCAGAGGAAGACAAGGCUCAGGAGGAGAUCCUGAGUAAGCUUGAAGACACUGCAGCGCAAAGACAGAUUGACAUCGGAGGAGGCGUGAUGGUUAACAUGGGACAGGAGGACUACGAUAGCGAACACUACAAGUCCCAGGCCUUGAGAAAUGCCAAAGAAGCCUACCAGAUUCAUCAGGAGAGGACACGCAUGUUUGAUGAGGAGGCUAAGGACAGUCGCAGUGCAUCACUGCACACGGCCUAUGGCUCCACUUCAGGGGCAAGCUCUGGGUUUGGGGAGAGCUACAGCCUCUCCAACCCAUCCAUUCAUGCAGGUGAAGAGAUUCCUCAGCCCACAAUUUUCAACGGCAAACUGAAGGGUUACCAACUCAAGGGCAUGAACUGGCUGGCCAACCUCUACGAACAGGGAAUCAAUGGAAUCCUGGCAGAUGAGAUGGGCUUGGGGAAGACAGUGCAGAGCAUUGCUCUGUUGGCACACCUGGCAGAGAGAGACAACAUCUGGGGUCCAUUCCUGAUCAUCUCUCCUGCAUCCACUCUAAACAACUGGCACCAGGAGUUCACCCGCUUUGUGCCCAAGUUUAAGGUGUUGCCAUACUGGGGGAACCCUCAUGAUCGCAAAGUGAUAAGGAAGUUUUGGAGCCAGAAAACCCUUUACACACAAAAUGCACCUUUCCACGUGGUGAUCACGAGCUACCAGCUAGUUGUUCAGGACGUCAAGUACUUCCAGAGGGUCAAGUGGCAGUACAUGGUUCUGGAUGAGGCCCAGGCACUCAAGAGCAGCAGCAGUGUUCGGUGGAAAAUCCUGCUGCAGUUCCAGUGUCGAAACAGACUGCUGCUCACUGGGACGCCCAUCCAGAACACCAUGGCUGAGCUGUGGGCCCUGCUGCACUUCAUCAUGCCCACACUGUUUGAUUCUCAUGAAGAGUUUAACGAGUGGUUCUCCAGGGACAUCGAGAGCCAUGCUGAGAACAAGUCCGCCAUCGAUGAGAACCAGCUUUCAAGAUUGCACAUGAUCUUGAAGCCUUUCAUGCUGAGGAGAAUCAAGAAAGAUGUGGAAAAUGAGCUCUCCGACAAGAUCGAGAUCCUGACCUACUGCCAGCUGACGUCCAGACAGAGAUUGCUCUACCAGGCUCUGAGGAACAAGAUCUCCAUCGAGGAUCUGCUGCAGUCAUCGAUGGGCACGGCCCAGCAGGCUCACAGCACCACCUCGUCCCUCAUGAACUUGGUUAUGCAGUUCAGGAAGGUGUGUAACCACCCUGACUUGUUCGAGCGCCAGGAAACCCGCUCUCCUUUCCACAUGUACCUCAAGCCCUACAUCAUGUCAAAGUUCUUGUACCGGCACGGUCUCAUCCACACACACAACCAGGCCAAAAACAAAUUACUUCAAGUGCUGAUGUCUCCUUUUUCUCCAAAUAACAUCCAGCAGUCACUUUUUCACAGAAGAGCUGAUGACAAAGGAAGCUGUUUCUCCUUCCUGCGCUUCAUCGAUGUGUCACCAGCUGAGAUGUCCAACCUCAUGUUACAAGGCACCUUAGUGAGAUGGUUAGCCCUUUUUCUCUCCCUCAAAGCUGCGUAUCGGCUCCAUCAUCAGCGUCUGUUCAGCCUUGAAGAAGAGGAGCGGGAGGAAACCAGAGACUCAGAAGACAGAGGAAGGUCACCUUCCAGGAAUACAAAGUGUCUGUCUCGUAAAGACCUUAUUCUGUGGCUGGACAGACCCACAAGUUUCCCCAACAUGCACACAUGCUCAAUCCUAAAGGAGCUGGUAUUCACAUCCUUCAGGCCUGGCAUUAUCAGACACACAGACGUGAUGAUCCACAGUCGAAGCUCUGCCACCUCCUCAGUGCGGCCCUGCCAGCCCACACUGCCACCCAAGUUCCUGCUAGCUGCCACACCCAGGGUGACAGCAGUUCCCAUGGAGCGUUAUUGUGACAACCGCAGCGCAGAGUACGAGUGGCGGGUGACAAAAAGCGGAGGGGGCACCAUAUUCAAACAGUGCUUCCUUUACGGAACCCCUGAACUCGCAUCAGACUGGCAGGCCAGGGCCAAUUCCUUCCACCCACAAUGCCCGGGGGGUGUGAUGGCCAUCUACCCACAGCAUGGAUGGUCCUUCAUUCGGAUACCAGACAAAGAGAGCCUGAUCACGGAGAGUGGGAAGCUCCACACGUUGGAUAUCCUGUUGAGUCGGCUGAAGGCGCAGGGACACAGAGUGCUCAUCUACUCUCAAAUGACACGCAUGAUAGACCUGUUGGAGGAGUACAUGGUUUAUCGUAAGCACACCUACAUGCGCCUGGACGGAUCCUCUAAGAUUUCUGAGCGCAGAGACAUGGUGGCAGACUUCCAGAGCCGGACGGAUAUCUUUGUCUUUCUGCUGAGUACGAGGGCUGGAGGGCUUGGCAUUAACCUGACUGCUGCUGACACUGUUAUUUUCUAUGACAGUGACUGGAACCCCACAGUGGACCAACAGGCCAUGGACAGAGCGCACAGGCUAGGCCAGACGAAGCAGGUCACUGUGUAUCGCCUCAUCUGCCAGGGGACCAUUGAGGAGAGGAUCCUACAGCGUGCCAAGGAGAAGAGCGAGAUCCAAAGGGUGGUCAUCUCUGGAGGCAACUUCAAACCAGACACACUCAAACCCAAAGAGGUGGUCAGCCUGUUAUUAGACGAUGAUGAGCUGGAGAAGAAACUGCGUCAGAGACAGGAGGAAAAGAGGCAGCAGGAGGAGAGCAGCAAGGUGAAAGAGCGCAAGAGAAAGAGGGAGAAAUAUGCUGAGAAGAAGAAGAAUGAGGAGUCAGAGAACAAGAGGAAAAAAGAGGUGAACUUGGUCAUUUCUCAUGCGCCGUCAGCUGAUAACUCUAACCUGUCUGCAGACGGAGACGACUCGUUCAUCAGUGUGGAGAUGGACUCAGCCAUGCCCAGUCCUUUUAGUGAGAUCUCUCUGAGUAGCGAGCUGCAGCCCGGAUCUUUACCCCCGGAUGCUGAUGCAGAUGAGAGCAGCAGCGAUAUGCUGGUCAUCGUGGAUGAUCCAGUGUCCUCUGCACCACAGUCUCGGGCAACCAACUCUCCAUCCUCUGUGUCAGGAUCAGUCUCUGACAACAUGAAUGGGGUGUCAGUCUCUGAUACCAUCAGCCCUGGCAGAGGCAGAUCUGGGCGGAGUCGGGGGCGGCCUAAAGGCUCAGGAGGCGGAGCCAAGUCUGGAGGAAAAGGACGUGGGCGCAAGUCAACAGCAGGCAGUGCUGCAGCUAUGGCAGGAGCCAUGGCUGGUGCUGCUGCUGCAUCUGCAGCAGCUUAUGCUGCUUAUGGUUACAGUGUUUCUAAAGUGGGCCUCUCUGCAUCCAGCCCUCUGCAGCCUUCCCUGGGCCGGUCUGGUACCAGCCCAGCUUUCAACCCAAGCAGAAGCUCCUCCCCCCAGAUCAAAGGAGGCACCUCGGCCCCAAGCCCCCAUAAACAGCUGACCCCCGGGCACCACCACCUUCACCACAGCAGCCACGGAGCAGUCAGGAAGGGCAAGGGCCCUGCUGGUCCCGGGGCUCGAUAAUGCACUCAUAAACCCCGUACAUACGCACAAAUGCUCGCACACAAAACAACACAUGACUGACCUACUCUCACUGUGACCCCCACAGACACACUACGUCUAAAGUAUCUGAUGAUGAAUACAGUUACUAAAACUCACCACAGCUUUAGUGAUAAAGCUAUGUUUCCAACAAAAAAUACCAGGAACUUUUGUGGUGCUUUUCCACUUUGUGGCACCAGCUCAACUCAUCUUGAAUCUACUGAUUUUCUGUUAAUGAUCAUAACUGGUACCUGGUGCUUUUUUUGGUAUCGUCUCUAACAAGGUUCCAUCCAAGCUGAGCUGAUACUAAAACGUGACACUGCUGAACCAGAGUAAUGUCACUAGGAGCAUCAUGAGUGGGAUAUCCAACACAGAAAUCUACCCCCUUUUUGUGUUUGCUUUGUACUACUGUACAGCUUCCCAAACUGUCCUGUGCUUUUCAACACCAUUUUUUCUUGCUGGAAGUAAAUUUCUCUGGAACAAAAGUAGCCUCGUUUCUGUGGCAAAAAGCCAUUCAUCACUAUCACUAUUGCCUCAAUGUCCUCCAUUAUUGUUGGUGUAGAUGUCAUGGCAGUUUCCCACACCUGCACUAUGAUGGCCUCGCCUUCAUUGAGGUUGUAAUUAAAAACAAAGUGCCUGGUACCAAAACUGAGUAGAGUUGAGUCUAGCUGGAACCACAUUAGGAAAAGUACUUAUAGCUACAGAAGCAGCUUCUCAAGGGAUUUAAGGUUCCUCCAGCCCAUUUAAGCUGUAUUUACACCAAGGACUUAUGAGGUGAAGAUUAGGCAAACUAGACACAACAAGUUUCAUGUAAACAAGAAAUGUUCAGUGCUGCAAGUCCUAUCCAGAAGUUCAUGCACCCUCAGAAAGUACUACUCCUUAGUCUGGGAACUUUUGGGGGUAAAAUUAUACUUCCUGGGACUUAAUGUGUUUCCACUUCAGGGAUUGGGGUCUUCACUGAGUGCUAAGACUGUCAAAAUGUCCCAUACUUGAAUACUUUUUAACAACCAAUAAUUCAAAUAAAUGCAACUGUCUUUUUUCCACUGGUUGAUGGUGUUUAAAAGUACCCAUGAUUGAUCAAAAGAAAAAUAGAAAUACUUCAAAAAUUUUAACCAGGAGUUGUCACAGGCACAAUACAGAAAGCAGCAGUGAUUCAUUUAAAUCCAAGACUGGCCAAGACAGUCUGGCUGCAGACUGCCACUCUCAGACCAUUCAUCUGAGACGCCAUAUAUCUCAGAGCAGAAAUACAGACAAAAACAUUCUAAAUAGAAGCAGAAUAAACUUCUGUUUUGGGUUAGGGUAAGGGUUAGGAUGCCAAAAGUUAAAAGUCAAAAACUUGACAUAGAAAACCUGACUACAAAGCGGUUAUUAAAGCCAAAUUAAUAUUCUGCCUUUUAGGAAGAAAGCUCUUCGGCCAGUAAAACACUCUGAGCAGCAAGCAUAGCUUACAGCGUUCCACCAACUACAUAAACAGAGCUAAGUAGAUAACAGAGCUACAUAGCUAAAGCUAGGCUCUCAAAGCAGCAAUUUAAGAUAACUGUCAAUGUUAUCUGCAUAGCUGAGUAAGCUUUAGCUUAUCAAUUGUAGCUAAAGCUAACUUACCCAUAUAUAAUGGAGCUAUGUAACUAACAUAGCUUAAUCUAAGUUCACAAAGCAGCUAUGUAAGCUACAUAGAUACAUUUUCUGUAUAGCUAUGUAAGAUUUAGCUUUGAUUGCUAAAGCUCACAUUACUAAAGCUAACUUAGCUAUAGAUAAAAGAGCUACCUAGCAAAAGAUAAGAUCCCAAAGCAGCUAAGUAAGCUACAUAGGUACGUUUACCUUUGUAGCUACUUUAGCUUUUGCGACAUGACCUAAAGCUCAUGUUGUUAAAGCUAACUUAGCUACAUUGACUUAUGUAGUAACAUUAACUAUGUAUCUAGCGUAACUAUGUUAGCUUAGCCAAAGCUUACAAACCUAAAGCAAGCAACUGUGUAACUUAUAAAACAUGUAUGUACAUAAUUUAAUCCUGGAUUAGACCUAUGGUCUUUUCUCUGGUAGAUGUUUGAAAUGUUGCUUACUCUGUAAUGUUUGCUAUGUAGUUAUUUCAUGAAUGUAGCUGCUAGACCUUUUUUAUAAAUAAAGUGGAUUUUUUUAAACAAAAACAGCUAAAACUUGUCAUACGUUGUACUGGCAAAUAACGGCAGUUUUUCUGGGACAUACAGUGUGAUGAAAGGUCCGUGAGAGUGACGGUCAGAGAUGAACAGUCUGCAGCCAGACCCUUCUUGGGUCAGCUAAUAUUGACAUUUCAUAAGUCCUUUUGGCUCAGAAAGAUGCAAAAGACACAUGAAUGUCUUUUAGAAAAGAUGGUGGCAGUGACACUCACUGUCUACAUUACACAAAUACAUUUGCAACAUAAAUAUGGUUUAGACAGUGAAUAGGAGUUAGCCUGCAAUUUUUGGUAAUUGGCAGCAACAGGAUCUUUAAUUUGAGGUGCCUAGGACUUGGUGUGGUGUGGUGUCAGUAUCAUUGGAUUUCUACUGGUAACAUAUUGAGGUUUAAAAAUCUGGUAGUAUGACAACCCUACUGAGUACCUCCUGAAGUUCCUAGUCUCUUGCGAGGGUAACUGCAGUGGAAACCUAGUUUAAAGGACCUUCAUCACACCUACAGACACACACAGUAAUGUAAAGGUACAGUUCCCAGCAGCCUGGGGACAAUUCAUAUUUUAAUUUGUGGAUAAAAAUCAGUCUUGAGUUUUUUUUUUUUGCAUUGUGACAAGAGUAUUUCAAGUGCUUUUUGAGAAGACAAACUUUUUUUUAUCCAUGACAGGAAACUCCUUUGUUUUGCUACCCAGUUCUGAUGUUCUGAAAAAGACGUGAAGUGGCGUUGGUAGCUUUAAGGGCUGUGAAAUCCUUGUGUUGUCCAAGGAAGAGGGGUGAAAGAAGUUUCUGUCAAAUGCACUGAGCCAAGUCUUCCGGUAUUUGGUGUUAUUAGUUCUUCUACAUGUACAUUAAGUUAUUUAACUGUUGUGUAAAAAUGCUCACUGCUAACUGGUGGAUGAAUCUGUAUUCCACAGUGCAUAAUGUGAAACUUACCAACCAAGACUUUACCAAACCACAUGUCCACAGCUUUUCUACUAAAGCUCUUAUUUUUGUAAGAAAGAUGUUAGGAUCCAAACAAGUAUUGCAGGCCUUAGAGUUUUGAAAAUUUCUUGCUGUAUGGACGGAAAUUGUAUCAGUUAUAUAUAUAUUUUGUCCAAAAUGAUGUUAAAUUAUAUUCCAAAAUGAUAAAGCAAUGCUGCUAAGAGAAAAAGUAUGAAUUCAUUCAAAGUAUUUGGUUGUUUAAUUGUUAAUUUAUUUGAGUUGUGUGAAAACAGGGGCAGUUCAUGAUGACUGUGAAUGGGAUUUUCAGCUGUAAAAACAGUGUAAAAAUUGUACCGAAGCCAUUUUUAUUUUCAGAGGUUGUUUUCUUGUGAUGAGAAGUCUGUGGUUCUCUUUGAUGUCAUUGAUGUUUUAGAUGAAAAAAAGGUUUGCAUCAGUGUCCUAAGUUGAGCACUACAUCUGUUCUAGGUUUGUUUGUUUUUGUGUUAAUAGUGUGAUUAAAAUAUGAUGUUCUAUAUUGAUGUACAUAAGGAUGAGAGCGACACUUUCCUCUGGCUUUCCCCUUGUUUGCCUGUCUAUUUUUAUAGCUCAUGUGUACAUAUGACGAAAUGCAUAUGCCAUUUUACUAACAGGAGGAGCCAACCUAAAAUAAAAGAGUGCUAAAUUA